CAUUAAAUGAUUAUUAUCAGGAUGUUGUCAUCGGAAACCCCUACUAGUACCUGGAGGAAGAGCUUUUGUUUGGCCGGGUAUUCAAUAUGUUCAAAGAAUAAAUCUGACCACCAUGACGUUAUCUGUGACCUCCUCUGGGGUGUACACUAGUCAGGGUGUCAAUAUCACCGUGACAGGAAUAGCUCAGGUUAAGAUCCAGGGACAGAAUGAGGAGAUGCUCCUGGCAGCCUGUGAACAGUUUCUUGGCAAGACAGAGGAUGAAAUACAACAGGUUGCACUAGAGACACUAGAGGGUCAUCAGCGAGCCAUCAUGGGGUCAAUGACUGUGGAGGAGAUCUACAAGGACCGGAAGAAGUUCUCAAAGCAGGUGUUUGAGGUGGCCAGCAGCGACCUGGUCAACAUGGGGAUCACGGUGGUCUCAUAUACCCUUAAAGAUAUCAGGGAUGAGGAGGGGUAUCUUAAGGCUCUAGGAAUGGCCCGAACAGCUGAAGUUAAAAGAGAUGCUAGAAUAGGAGAAGCAGAAGCUAAGAGGGACGCACAGAUUAAAGAAGCAAUUGCAGAAGAAGAAAGGAUGGCAUCUAGAUUACUUAACGAUACUGAGAUCGCCAAAGCAAAGCGUGAUUUUGAGCUGAAGAAAGCAGCUUAUGACGUGGAAGUACAAACAAAGAAAGCAGAAGCAGAAUUAGCCUAUGAGUUACAAGCAGCAAAGACAAAACAAAGAAUUAAAGAAGAGAACAUGGAAAUAAAGGUGAUGAUGAUAAUGAUGAUACUCCAGGUUAUUGAACGAAGACAAGAAAUUAAUAUACAAGAGCAGGAAAUUUUAAGACGAGAAAAAGAAUUGGACAGUUCUGUGAGAAGACCAGCGGAAGCUGAAAAGUAUAGACUAGAGAAGAUUUCAGAAGCUAACAGGAACAAGAUGAUCAUGGAAGCUGAAGCAGAAGCAGAAGCUAUUGCACUGAAAGGAGAUGCUGAGGCGUAUGCCAUAGAAAUCAAAGCUAAGGCUGAAGCUGAACAGAUGGCUAAGAAGGCAGAUGCCUGGAAGGAAUAUAGAGAAGCUGCCAUGUUGGACAUGAUGCUCACUACACUACCAAAGAUUGCUGCCGAGGUAGCUGCCCCUCUCUCCCAAACGAAGAAGAUCACGAUGGUUAGCGAUGGUUCAGGGGAAAUAGGAGCCUCCAGGAUAACCGGCGAGGUUCUGGAUAUAAUGGUCCGUGUACCGGGGAUGGUGAAGACAAUGACCGGAGUUGAUAUUUGCAACAUGAAUGUUGGAGGGGGCCCACCUAGAAGUCCACAACCAAGAAUCCGAAUUAGAACAUAAUUAUUUCGACAUACAGACAUAGGAAUAUUUUGACAUACAGACAUACACACAUAUAGGAAUAUUUUAAUAUACAGACAUAAACGCAUAAAUAUACAUAGACACCCAGACAUGAACAUAUACAUACAGACACAGACAUACAGACGUACAUACAUGAAGUUAGACAUGCAGACAUAAAUAUGUACUUACAAAAAUAGACUUUAAAAAAUAUGGACAUACAGACACCCAUAUAGAUAGAACGGCAUACAAAUAGACAAAAAGCGUAAAUAUACUGCCGCAACGACAUAAAAUUAUACUGAAAGGCAUAAAUUUAAACAAGGGCAUAACUAAUUACUGAGACACAGACAAAAGGCCAUAAAUGCAGAACCAAAUUGACAUGCAAACAUAAUACAUACAUACAUAUAUACAUAUAAACCUACAUGCUGACAUACCUUAUUUUUAUAUUCAUGGCAUAA